AUGUUCAUUCUCUAUCCUCGCCCAAGCGGACAAAGGGGAUUAUUAGAAAAAACCAAAACAUACGAGGCCUACUCAAGCAACGCAUCCACGCGAUCUUUCAAGCUACCAACCAUGCAUUACAGUCACGGAACACUGACGCGUUUUCUUAUGUACUUGAUAUUUAUUUCUUUAGUGCUCAAAAACAAUGCUGAAUCUACGCCGCACAACCAAACUUCUGACUUCAAAGAGCAAAAUUCCGAGCCUGACACUACCGAUACUUGGGACUCUCUAGUCAAAGCGUUAGAUGUACUACAAAGUAAUUACUUCGAAAACUGGCCUGGCGUUUGGCCAACUGCGAUUGACUGGACCUCUGCAGUCACGGGAACUUUAAUAUUUGGGGCUCUGACGACCUUUUCUACAUCUCAGCCAAAGUCUAUUUCAACGACUGCUGUUGAAAACUUGAUAAACCGACGCUUUUCCCAGUUGACUGCGUCUUUCUUUGGUCAAAACACUUUAGCUCUGCGGAUGCAAGCGAAUGAUGACAUGUUGUGGACCGUUCUUGAGUGGUUAGAGGGUAUAAAGUUUAUAGAUGAGCACUCUUCACAUUACUCAUCUGAAAUAGUGGGCGAUAGCUGGUAUGCUCAACAAUGGAUCCCAACAUUUGCACAUAGAGCGCGCAUAUUUUGGGACCAGGCGUCUCAGGGCUGGGACACUACACUUUGCGACGGUGGUAUGACUUGGAAUCCAAGAUUAACUCCCUACAAGAAUGCUAUUACUAACGAACUCUACAUCUCCGCGUCAGUUGGAAUGUAUUUGUAUUUUCCAGGCGAUAAUGAUGUUUCUCCAUUUAGUGUAUCUGAGUCUAAUGUUUCCGUAUCAGACCUCCCCAACAAAACACGCGAUCCCAAGUUUCUAGCCGCAGCACAGGAUGCCUACCACUGGCUGGUUAAUAGCAAUAUGACAGAUUCUAACGGACUUUUUGUAGAUGGUUUCCACAUCUCCGGCUGGAAAUCUAACCAGACAGUGAAUAAAAGAUGUGAUGAUCGAAAUGAGAUGGUUUAUACCUACAAUCAGGGCGUACUACUUUCUGGUCUCUCAGGACUUUACCAGGCGACCGGUGAUCGCUCUUACCUUGAUGAUGGCCACAAAUUAGUCAGGAAUGUAAUUGCCGCGACAGGCUGGGAUCUUGAAAAUUCUAAACCUCGCGAAGAUGCUCCGGAAAAUAUAGAUGAACCAGGAUCUAGAAUUUGGUAUGGACUUGGUCAACUUGGCAUUUUAGAAGAAGCCUGUGAUUUUUCCUCAGCUUGUUCCCAAGAUGGACAAACAUUCAAGGGAAUUUUCUUUCAUCACUUGACAAUAUUUUGUUCACCACUACAAAAUCCUCUCCAAGUGCCAGAAGAAGAUUCUCAUGAAAGCCCAGACAAAAUCUCUCAGUGGCAUAGUGAAAACUGCGACAACUAUGGCUCCUGGAUUAAGCUCAAUGCUAUGGCAGCCCUAGGUACUGUCAAUGCUAAGGGUAAAUUUGGAGCGUGGUGGGGUGCUUCAGCUAAUACAACGUUAUCAUCAACAGCGAAUGCCGUCCCACUACCGGCUAUGGCAAUUGAUUAUCAAAACAAUGGUAUUCCAACGGAGUGGAAUUUGGAUCAGCCCGAUAAAAAUCGGCCUAAGAAGGAGGUUGAUACACUUAGGCAUCCGAGUAAUUCGGAAAGCUCAGAUCUUAACGAUAGAGGAAGAGGUCGUACGAUUGAGACCCAAACUGGAGGCCUGAGUGUUCUUAGAGCAUCGUGGGAGCUAGUUGAUUAUCCCGGUAUACUGGCAAGUCGCGUUGCCAAAAGGUCUAACCAUGCUAAACUACAUAUUCGACGUACUUCCCACUCACAGCGCGACCCGUUGUGCCCAAUCAGCUCUAGAAAAUUUCAUGCCCUACGACAUUUCUAG